AUGCGAAAUGAUUUAUCCGAGAAACUACCGACUGUAAAUCUGGGCAACGAACCUCUGUUACAGACUCAGAUGAGCUCCACACAGUCUGUAAAUGUCCCCGCCAAUACCAGGAAAAAUACCUUGGAAACUCUGGUAAAAGUUUUUAGAAGAAAGAAAAUCAAUCAAAAACAGAGUUUACAAAGUCCACCUGUAUUUCCUAUUGUGGUGUCUCUUCCAAGUUCUCUUAAGGAAGAGCUAAUAAAAGAUGCCUUUACCUAUGUCCCUUCCGAAAGUAUAACACAAGAAGCUUCUGUUAAUGACAGUUUUCUAGAAUCGCAACAGCAACCCUGCGAAGAAGCACCUGCAAGGCAAUCGGAACAAGAAGCACUUGUUGAUGUCUGCCCUCCGAAACUCGAAAAGCAGGUCAGUGAGGAAUCUUCCCCAAUAAAGACGGAGCUAGAACCUCCGUUGAAUGUCAGCCCUCCUGAAGAACAACAACAACCGUGCCAAGAAGCUCCAGUGGCAUGGCAAUUGGAAGAAGAAGCACAUCCUGAUUUCUGCCCUCUAGAACCUGAAAAGCAGGCUGGCAAGGGAUCUUCCCCGAGGAAGAUGGAGCCAGAACCUCCGUUGAACGUUGCUGCUCAUUCUUCUUUGUGGGAACAUGAUGCACCUUCAUUCGAACUUGGCAUAAGUCCCCCGACAUCUCAACCAAUUCCCCCGACCUCUCAACCGACGAUGACAUAG